UUUCUCUGAGAUGUGAAUUCAUUCUACUUUGAGGCUACAGCAAACCAAAGUAGCUGAAUGUUAGCUCCCGGGCUAGCCGAUUCUGCUAAUGUUGUUAGCUCCCUUGCUGGCCUGAGUUUUCUUGCAGCCUGAGUUGAUAUUUUAGAAUAAAUUAAACUGUUUUAGUCCUUUUAAUCGGUCAGUUACUCGGGUAUUUGAUUUAUAGCACUGUUAUGUCCGCAUAAGUCCAAUGAAGAUGCAGUUCAUUUAAUGUAAUUGGAUUUUAGCGUUAGCUAACCUUGCUUUGAUUCUACUAGCCACUACAGAGUCUCUUUUUGUUGAACUCAAACGUAACUUUGAAUUGCAGGAAAGGGAGGUUUAAUGUUUAAUUCACCGAGAACGCAUGCAGUCAGUGUUUCACAUGACUUCCUGUCAGCGUGCUUUCAUUCAGUCGUGGAGCUCUCCGUGGUUCUGACGCAAGGGACCACCCCACCUCCAGGUUUUGGUUUUAAAUUGCAUUAAAAUGAGUACUACACUUUAAAUGAGCUACAAAAGGAUAACUGAACAGCAUAUUAGUUGAAAUCACUCCUGAGCUAGCUGUGGGGUUAGAGUAGAUGAAUAAAAAAAAAAGUCCUAUUUUUGGGUAUUAUCCUGUUGUCGCUAACGAGUAUUUUUAACACCAACGGAUGAUAAUAAAGCAAAUCAGUGGGACACCCUCAACUGUAAAAUGUCGAUGGUGUUGUUUGCCUCUGUGGUUCGCGUCGCGGACGGUCUGCCUCUCUCAGCAUCCACCGACUGCGAACAGGAGAAAGACCUCCAGGAGACGAAGAGGCAUCUUAAGGGUCUCUCCAAGAAGCUCAACCAGUUCCCUGACCGCUGCACACUCAAGUCCGGACCGUACAAUGUGAACUUCAUAUACUCGCUGGGUGUUGGAUACCUGAUGGUCUGCACUGGAAAUUACCCCAAUGUGCUGGCCUUCUGCUUCCUGGACGAGCUGCAGAAAGAGUUCAUCAUCACUUAUGACUCCAAACGCAUCAGCAGUGCCGUGCGGCCGUACUCCUUCAUCGAAUUCGACACCUUCAUCCAGAAGACCAAGCAGCGCUACAACAGCCCUCGCUCCCUGUCCACCAAGAUCAACCUGGCUGACAUGCAGACAGAGAUCAAGCUGCGCCCGCCCUAUCAGCUUUCCCCAGAGGACCUUCAGGCUAUCAAUGGAUUCUCGGUGCGAGCCGCUUCUAAAUACAAGGGCAUAGCCCCCACACAGAUGUUGGAGCCGGCGACGCUCCCUGGCAUUGUGUCCUGUGUGCUCAGCGUCCUCUGUGGAGGCCUGAACCUGCUGAGAGGUGUCCAUGCUAUAGAGAGCAUACUACAGGUCAGGACUUACUGCAGGGACAUUUGGAUACUUGAUGCAAAAACUUAACCAAAGAAUCUUGUUUAUAAAAUCUCUAUAGCCAUGUCUUCUCUGUUGCUUUAGAUGAACAAUCGCUGCAUAUUUUA